AAAGCAGGAGGAUGUCCAAAAAGUUAAGCGUGCGCUCCUUAAGCGACAGCUCGCUGGCGGAGUUAGCAAAUCUUUUGGUAUCCACGAUUAGCUACGUUCAAUAUGCACCCGAUGUUAAUCUGGAUAUCAAUAUAGUUAUGGUCGAGUUGAAUGAGUACCUGACACAAGCGGGCGCCACGUCUAACAUCUAUCAGGAUCUGCUGCGUGUCAUACUCAGCUCCGACUAUUUGGAGGCCAAUAUGCGUUUCACUUGUUUGCAAAUGUUGUUGAAUUGUGGCGUUCACUUCCUUGUCACGGAAGUCUUUCCUCCCAGCUAUUAUGAGAAGAUCUUGCAGGUGAUUGCGGCACAAGGGGCUGCCUUGCGUGUCCUCAACCUUAAAGGGAUCUGGGUGAAAGAGGAGCACAUGCACUAUAUGUACGAAAUAGUGAGACGUUGCAAGCAGCUGAUCAAGCUGUAUGUGCCCUAUAUAGCGAAUGAUCAGCUCCUGGAAGAGAUUGCCACGAAUUGCAAUCGUUUACAAAUCUUGGAUAUAUCGGGCGAAACGGACAUUACGGAGAUUGGCAUCGAUUUCCUCGCCAAGGGCAAUUGUGCGCAAUCUUUAACGAUCGUGGAUGUGGGCAUGCCUGGUGAGGAGAAUAUUUGUUAUUCUGAUAUAGCUCUAAUACUCGAGCACUGUCAGCAUGUGGAGACCUUGUCUACCUACUCCUUUGUGGGAGCUGCUUUGAAGUUCAUCUACGAUAAUGUAGAUAGCAGCUUUCAGUGCAAAUUGAGAUAUGUCCAUGAUACGGCAACGGAUGAAACGCAGCUGCAGGUGAUCAUGCAGACGUGUCCACAGUUGGACACGUUGUAUCUAGACUCACCUAAGUUGGGCGCACUGCGUGCCUUGCAAGCGAAAUCUUUAAGAAAGUUGAAGAUUUGCAAAUUUGUGGUUGCAGAACUAAUGUCACUGCUGGAGAAGCCUAUUGGCAGGAGUUUAAGGCAUCUGACCAUGAUCAAGGGAUCGGGAAACUUGGAGCUCGGCAAGCUAGCUAGAGUGUGCCCCAUUCUUAUUGAUUUGGAUUGCUAUGUAAUUGAAAGUCUUUCAUAUGCUCAGCCACAGGCGCGUUUCCAGCAACUGGAAGGGCUCGAGAUUCUUAGCUGUGAAAUGAUGAGCAGCUCCCUAAAGGCGUUCCUCUGCAGUGUCACAGACUUGAAACGUCUGGCAGUCGAUUCUGUGGACUUUACAGAUGAAGAUAUAGUUAGCAUGUUUGUUCAACACGAUUUUAAAGUUUUGGAGGAUAUUUGGUUUACGAUCGCACCAGAGCUAACGGUGCAGGCAGUCGAGCUCCUGAUGGAGAGCUGCCCGGAGCUCCAGUCUGUGGGUCAAUUGACCGGCUGGUCCUUAUCGCCAGAUGAUUUAGCUUUAAUACGUGGCCUGCUCAAAAGUGGCAACUCAAGCCUUGUACUGACUUCCAAUGGUUUAUUGGCUUAAAAAAAAUUCAGAUCAAAUGCAAUUGACAUUUUUUUGCUUUACACAUUUCGCAGCCUGCUACAAAAACUAAAAUUCUGCUCUUUGCAGCGCCUGCAAUAGAUGUCAACGUGCUGACAACGGAACGU